CUCGGGGAAACCGGCCCUGGCCCCGCCCCCUCCUCCGCCAUGUAGCGCGGCGUGGCGGGUCCCGCGCCUUUCUCCGGUUUGUCAUUUCCGGCUCAUGCCGGAAGCCGCCUCGGAAGGAACCAAAUUUGAACGGGCCAAGGAGAGGUGCUUCCCUGGUUGUGCUGUGGCAGCCUCCUGAAUGUCGGAACCAUAGAGGAUGCCUAUCCGGGCCCACUGUACCAUCUGCUCGGAUUUCUUUGACAAUCACAAGGAUGUGGCAGCUAUCCACUGUGGGCACACCUUCCAUCAGGAGUGUCUCAUCCAGUGGUUUCACAGUGCACCGAGUCGGACUUGUCCGCAGUGUAGAAUCCAGGUCAGCAAAAGACACAUCAUCAAUAAGCUGUUCUUUGAUGUUGCCCUGGAGGAGCAGAUGUCACUGGACGCAGAAAGCAUACAGAAUGAACUGGACAAGGUGAAAGCACAGCUCUCCAUGAAAGAGAAGGAGAAGCGAGACUGCCAGUCUAUCAUAGACACACUGAGGGAAACUGUGGAUGUUCACAACGCCACCAUCGAGUCACUCCAGAAAGCCCUGUGUGAGACAGAGAUGCUGUGUUCCACUCUCAAGAAACAAAUGAAGUACCUGGAGCAGCAGCAGGAAGAAACCAAAGGUGCAAAAGAGGAGGCCCGAAGGCUGAGAAAUAAACUGAAAACCAUGGAGAGGAUUGAGAUGCUCCUGCAGAGCCAGCGCCCGGAAGUGGAGGAGAUGAUCCGUGAUAUGGGAAUAGGGCAGGCAGCAGUGGAACAGCUUGCAGUCUACUGCGUCUCACUGAAAAAGGAAUAUGAAAAUCUGAAAGAGGCUCGGAAGGCGUCUAGUGAGAUGACUGAGAAGCUGAAAAAGGAGCUGUUUUCUGCCAAUAAUAAGCUGCAGAAAACAUUCUUGGAGUUGGAGAAGAUGAAAGAGGAGUUAAAAAGCACCCAGAAGGAUCUGAGUAAUGCAGACAAGGAGAUUAUGAGUUUGAAGAAGAAGAUUGGAAUCCUGCAGGAGACCUUGAAGGUGCCGUCUGUAACCAGCGAGACGCUUAGCCGACUGGUCUUCGAAAGCCCUGCUCCUGUGGAACUGCUGAGCCCAAAGCUCCACUGCCCGGCCCAUAGCAACAAGAUCGACCGGAACGCCACCUUUGAUGUUGAGACGCCUGAGCAUCAGCCUCACAAAUCAAUCACAACCCCUGCAAAAAAACCCAAGCUGGAUAAAAAGCCGCCUCCUGUGACAAAACUAGCAAAAAAAGUUCUGAAGGAAACAGUGGAGAACUGGGCAAGUGAGCCAGAGGAGGACCCUCUAGAAGAAUUCUUUCCUGCAUUCAUCAGGAACUCGGUUCUUUCCAGGAAGCCACCUGUGGGCAGCCUGCUGGGGCCACACAAGAACUCAGGAGCUGUGAGAAUGGGAUAUGAUGGCUUAGGAGGUAGAACUAAGUUCAUACAGCCCGUAUCCUUCCCCAUCAUCUGCGCUGUGGAAAUAAGCGGGCAGGAAGCUCUGCUUUGCUUCCCUCUCAUUUGGGUUUUCCCUUCAGACAAACCCAAUGGAGAUCCGUCCCUUAGCUGUAAAGAGCAGGAAGAGGAAUGUCUCCAGGCCAGCAUUCACAACUGCAGCAGCUUCCUCCUCUGGCACCAGCCAGGCGAAACUGGACAGCUUCCUUCAGUAAACCUGAAGGCUUUCCUGGUCACUUAGGCAUGCAUGGGCAGAAGUCUUGUGGCUUACCUACAUCUCUGCAGAACCAAGGCGCUGGGACCAAUACGCGGUGUCAGUCAGAACUCUCCCAUGGACUGAAACUGGCCUUUCGUAGUUCACUGUUGAUCCAGUCCAGGCUGACUACGCUGUGAGCAUGGCAAGGCAGGAUGUGCCAUGUGCUGCCAGCUGUCCUGGGAGAUGAGGCUCCUGGCACUGAGCAACCUGCCUGCCUUUGCGUGACAUGCAAGGUCACUGGUUUGUGCUCAAGAGCUCAGGACUCCCUGUGGGUGGGGUGUGUGGAUCCCUCAACUCCGCCUGGUUUGACUCAUCUUGGCCUCACUCCUAGGCAAUGCAGUAAAGUGUGGGACAAAGCAGACUUAGAAAUCUCCUGGCUGCUGAUUGGUUCAGGCCUGGCCUUACGAGGCUGCAUUUUCCCCAGGAGCCUUUGUUGGCACAGAAUAAACAAUUUCCUCGCCCUGCUUCCCUGUUCUCUGAGGCUUUAGCACUUCUGGUGGUGAUGGGGCCCCUUGGGGAACAGAGCACUCUAGCUUGGUUUCAGGAGCAUCGUAGACAUGAAGAUGGAGGAAGGGGAUCCAGUGUCUGUUAGCCUGUAGCAUCCAGGGCUGAUUUCCAGGGCGGGGAUGCACAGUCUCCUCAUGCUGGAUGUUUCAUCUCCAGCUGUCCUGGCUAGUAGGGCGGCAUGGCAAUCCUCUCUCUAACCUGGAGUCUUUGGGCCAGAGCGUGCCUCGUGCAACCCCACCUGAAAGGAGGAGUCUGCCUCAGGCACGAAUCUGGUUUUUAAUCUGAUAGCCAGGGGAGACACCUCACAUUGACACCUCACACUCAGGCAUGGCAGCUGGGGACUUAGCCUAGCAGGAGACUGCUUUGGAAGGGACGAGGCCAGAAUCCGGGCUGACAACCAUUCUGUGUUGAUGUCUCUGCCAUUCCAGCGGGUAGCCAGCCUGCCGAUUGUCCAUAGAGCAAAACUGUGUGUGAUUUGUUGCUGUACAAUGGGCAUGCAAUCGGCACUGUACUGUUUUAUCUGAUCCCCAAGCAGCCACUUGGCAUGCACAGGUUUAAUGAGGAGGUGGGUCUGUAAUGAGGCAGUGGGGGGGUGGGGUGAUCUUAGCGUUUCUAGCUCAGCAGCACCAGGAGCCGGUAGCCUUUCCCAGCUUGCCACGUCUGUAGAGCUUUAUUUUCCAGAAUCGAGAACUUCACGUCUCUGUACCAGGCUCUUAAAGGGGCAGGCAUCUGUAUGAUUCUCUGGAUGCUCUGCAAACUUUAGUUUGGAACUUAUAUUUGUAUAUAUUUAAUCAAUUUUUUUAAAUGAUAUGAUGAGUUUACAAAUGCUUCUCUGAGACGGAUCCCUCCCUAUUGCUGCUUGAGUGUUAAAUACAAAAUACCAGCCCAGUUAUGCUUACUGGGAAAGAAAUAUGAUGGGGCUGCUGAUUGCUAGGGGAGGGCUUUAUUCUGCUGUCAUUGGCCUUAAGCUCGGUCUGGUGUCUCACAUUUCCCAUGUGGUUCUGUUCCUGAUCUUGCCCAGAUACAAUGGAGCCCUCUUCAAAUUGUGCUGUUUAUAAUGAAUUGGCUAGUUAGAGAGCUGGCUGGACAGAUCCAGCAUUGGUACAGGCUUAUCUGGAAACCAAAAUGAAUGGAUUAAAGGCAGAGCUUUUUCACUGA